CCGUACAAAUUAAAUGGUUUUUAUUUAGUUGACAGACGACACGCGCUGCGAACAGACAACUGCCAAACGAUGUCGGAGAGUCUAGAAAGUUGUGAACUUACGCUGCCCCUGGGUCAAAUUAGAGGCGUCAAACGCCAGAGUCUCUAUGAUGACACCUACUUCAGCUUCGAGAAGAUUCCCUUUGCCAAGCCACCGCUGGGGGAGCUGCGUUUCAAGGCACCCGUACCAGCGGAACCGUGGAGCGGGGUUCUGGACUGCACCCACUUUGCAGAGAAGCCCACGCAAAGGAGUUUGAUGACAAAACUAAUCGAGGGAGGAGAGGACUGCUUGUACCUGAAUGUCUACUCAAAGCAGUUGAAGAGCGACAAGCCUUUGCCGGUCAUGGUCUAUAUCUACGGCGGGGCCUUCUCCGUGGGCGAGGCCACACGGGAGCUCUAUGGUCCGGACUACUUCAUGGCCAAGGACGUGGUCCUGGUAACCCUAAACUAUCGCGUGGAUUGUUUGGGAUUUCUAUCCCUAAAGGACCCCAGUCUGAAGGUGCCCGGAAAUGCUGGCCUCAAGGAUCAGGUGCUGGCUCUCAAGUGGGUCAAGCAGUAUAUCUCAAACUUCAAUGGCGAUGAUGGCAACAUCACGGUCUUCGGCGAGAGUGCUGGCGGCUGCUCUACUCAUUUUAUGAUGUGCACGGAGCAGACCCGCGGCCUCUUUCAUAAGGCCAUCCCCAUGUCGGGAACUGUGCACAACUACUGGUCCAAAACCCCCACCGAGGACUUCGGCUUCCGGCUGGCCCAGCAGCUGGGCUACACUGGCGAAAACAACGAUGCCAAGGUGCUGGAGCAUCUACGUGGGGUUCCGGCCAGAGAUCUAGUGAAUCAUAAUCUGAUUAGACCCGAGCAUCGGAGGAACGGCCUGCUCUUCGCCUUCGGACCCACCGUGGAGUCUUAUGUGGGCGAGGAUUGUGUUGUGCCCAAAUUGCCGGUGGAAAUGGCUCGAGAUGCGUGGAGCAACAACUUGCCCGCUAUGCUAGGAGGCACCUCCUUCGAGGGUCUCUUCAUGUAUCCCGGAGUGGCUGCCAAUCUAAAGUCAUUGGACAGUCUCAGCCAGGAUCCCCAGAGAAUGGUGCCGCACGAGGUGCGAGAGGUAAGCAGCGACGAGAAAAAUACGGAGUACGGCCAGCGCUUGAUCAAAGCCUACUUCGGAGAUCAGGCGCCCAGUUCGGAGCUCUUUAUGACUAUUCUUGACUUCUAUUCUUAUAAGGUCUUUUGGCAUGGCUUCCAUCGUACCUUGAACGCUCGCCUUGCCUAUGCCACAGCACCCACAUACUAUUACAGAUUCGAUUUUGACUCCCCCAACUUCAACUUCUAUCGGACGAAAUUCUGUGGUGAUAACAUCAAGACUGGUGUGGCCCAUGCCGAUGAUCUCAGCUAUUUGUUUAGGAAUGCCGGAUCUUGGAAACUGGAGAAGACCUCGGCGGAAUAUCGCACCAUUCAAAAUAUGAUUGGUAUUUGGACCACUUUCGCAGCUACCUCCAAUCCCAACUGCCCGGAAAUCGGCCAAGUAAAUUGGAAACCGGCAACAAAGGAAAAUCCAAGGGCUGUGCUCAACAUCAGCAAUGAGGUGAAAGUCAUUGAUUUGCCAGAGUUUGAAAAAUUGAAGGUUUGGGAUUCCAUAUACAAGCCGGAUCAGUUGAUAAUUUCGAAGCCGGCUAAGGCCUCAAGCAUGCUUUUCUCGACGGUUAAGGAUCUUCUGCUGUGGCGCAACUUCCGCCUGACGCUGAUAGUAUUCACAACCGUGGUGAUCCUGCUGCUUGACAUCAUGGCGCACUCGGUGAUCAGUGUAAUUAGCAUGGCAGGCAUCACUGUUCUCCUGGCAGCUGUCGCAUAUCGCAGUUUUUGCCAGUUUUCAAAAUGGAGGACGAGUGGAGUCCAGGAUGAGGUCAGGCGUCUGUAUCCGCAAGUUAAGAUUGAUAUUCCCCGAGAGGAGACCAUGCGACUAGCGGGAGUUGCCGUGGAUCAUCUUAACAAGGGCUUAAACCGCAUUAUUGGACUGAUACUGGUGGAGAGCUGGGAGGACUCCCUGAAAUGCCUGGCCAUGCUAUGUGGCAUUAAUUUGCUGGGGGAUUGUUUGAACGGAAUAACAUUGCUUUUAUUUGCUUACGAGUGGUACCAACCCCUCAUCGAUGCUCAGCUGCAAAAAUUCUGUAAAUUCAAGAAGCAGGACAAGAAGACACCCGAAACUAUGACUGGAAACACAGAUAACCUCGCCAAUAUGCAGCGUAAGGAAGAGGAGUCCAGUGAUGCCAACAUGUUCUAUAAGGUCUGCGAGAAUGAGAAGCUAUUCGAUCUCCUGGAGGAGGAGCACCGCAAGGGCUGCCAAUGUCUUUAUGUUCAAAAUUUGCGUUGUGCCAAUACAGUUGUUUUGUUUCGUACAGUUGGCAAUCAGAUGUGUUUUAUUUUUCGUUUUAAAAUUUGGAGGCUCUUUGAAAAUCGGAUCAAGGUUCCUGUUUGUCUCUGGUCAAGCCCCGGUAUUGAUAAUGACAUGUGGAAACUCUGUCGGGCUACUUGUCGUUGUCUGAGUCAGAGCAAAUGUCUGCGCUUUUACACGACGCACUGCGGCUUCGGCACUGGUUGUCCCGACACCUCCAGCUCCGAUGAAGGUGUCCCGGACUCCAAAGUUGUGGAGCUUUCCGUGGGAAGUGUUAGGGGUCGCCGGCAGUGCGGCCUCUACGGCGACGCAUUCUACAGCUUCGAGGGAAUUCCCUUCGCCAAGCCGCCGCUGGGAGAGCUUCGGUUCGUGGCUUCGCGUCCGGCGGAUGCUUGGCGAAACCAGGAGCUGGACGCCCGGCAGGAGAAGCCCGUACCACUGCAGGUGGACCGGCAGACGGGCAAGGUCAUCGGCAGCGAGGAUUGCCUGUACUUGAAUGUAUACACCAAGCAUUUUGAUGAAACGAGGCCGCCUCUGCCGGUAAUGGUCUACAUAUACGGAGGAGGCUUUCGCACAGGCGGUGCCUUAAGAUCUAAAUACGGCCCGGAUUACCUGAUGACCAAGGAAGUCGUCUACGUGGUUUUCAACUAUCGCCUCUGCUCGCUGGGAUUCCUCAGUUUGCCGAGUCGGGAGUCGAAUGUACCCGGCAACGCUGGACUCCACGACCAGUUAAUGGCUCUCAAGUGGGUUAACCAACACAUUCGGAACUUCAACGGAGAUCCACAGAAUAUAACGCUUUUCGGAGAAAGUGCUGGAGCCGCGUCGGUGCACUUUAUGAUGUGCCUGCCGGAGGCAAAGUGUCUGUUCCACAAGGCCAUCAUGAUGUCCGGUUCGAUGCUGAGUCCCUGGGUGGAAACUCCGGACAGGCAGAAUUUGUUCUGCCGGCUAGCCAUUGCGGCGGGAUAUCAAGGACCGCAGGAGGAGGCCUCCAUGCUGGAGUUCCUGCGCAGCGUGGCGGCCGAGAAGCUACUGGGACACGAGUUCUUCACCGCUCGAGAACGUUGCUUCGGAUUUCUUUACCCGUUCGUUCCGGGCGCAGCCACUACCGAGGAUGGACUGAUCCGAUCAUCUUACCCGCAGCUGAUGAAGGAGGCAUGGUCCGGACAGAUACCUCUUCUUCUGGGUGGCACCUCCUUCGAGGGACUAGUGUUUUAUCCCUUUUGCAAGCUGGAUAAUGGCUAUAUGCUGGACCUCUUGAAGCAUGAGCCGGAGAUGGUGCUGCCGCACGAACUGUACCACUCGAUGAGCAAUGAGGAGCGCCUCAAAGCCUCCGAUGAACUUGUGAAGCAUCAUUAUGGACCCCGUGGAAUAACAAAAAACAAUGUUACGCAGAUUCUGGAUCUUUUCAGCUACAAGCUCUUUUGGCACGGCAUGCACCGCGUGGUUCUGUCACGAUUGUCGCAGGCUCAGGCGCCCACCUACCUGUACCGCUUUGACUUUGACUCGCCCAAGUGGAACUUGAUGCGGAACAACCUGUGCGGUGACGAUAUCAAGCGCGGCGUGUGCCAUGCCGACGACCUGGGCUAUGUCUUCCGAAAGAAGUACCAGAAGAAGCUGCCGCUGGACUCCGCCGAGUAUCUCACCAUCCAGCGAAUGGUCAGCAUACUGACCACCUUCGCCAGGACCGGCGAUCCCAACUGUCCGGAGACAGGGCCGGAUCAGUGGGCACCGGUCACCGCCAAGUAUCCUUUCAAGGUGCUGAACAUUGGGCAAAACGUUGAGUGCGUGACGCAAAUCGAAAAGGAUGGCCUGGAGGUAUGGAAUCGGAUUUAUAACUCUCGAAAGGUGGCUGAGUAGCUUGUUUGGCCGAAUAAGAAAA